AAACGCCCACUUAUGAAUAUUAAUUAGAGAUCUCGAACGUUUCUUGGUAACCUUGGAGCGUCUGUUCAUAUUCAUGAGUCAGGCGCCAGGCGGUUGUUAAGGGCGACCUAACCGCUGAGUGUGCGACAUAUCUAAUAAACAGUUUGAGAAUUUUUUGAAGUAAUUUGUUAGAUAUGGAUAUGAACCCAUUUCCAAAGUUAUUAGAAGACGGUCUCAUUAACACGAAACAUGUAGAGUGUGCAGCGAUACUGGCGGCUAAAACAGGCGAGGUAACGGCUGCAUUCAAUUUUACAGUCUGUCCAGAGCAAACACAUAUGUUUAUAGACUCAUUCAAACACGUGAAUGUAACGAGGCAGAGAGGACUCAACUUCAAGAACAAGCUCUACACCUGCGUGCGUGCUGACAAUCACUCGAUAUACGCUAAAUGUGAAGGACAUGGCCUGAUAUUGGUGAGAACUGCACUGUAUGUGAUUGUCGCCACAUACUCACAGAGCAUGUAUCCAAGUAUCUGUGUGGAAGCAGUUGAGAAACUAGCCGAGUAUCUGCGUGAAAAGGGAAAAUGAAGCUCAUCGUAUCAGAUCUGAAGAGGUGAAGAAGUUGUUCAGUGUCACUGUAGUAGUACUGAUGAGAAACUAUAAACUGCACUCAAUCUGCUUAGCUGCAGGAACACCAAGGAGGGGCCGGUUCUGCUGUUGCUGUGACUCUCUCUGUGAGACUGACCCUUACCCCACCAGAGAUGGCCAGAAUGUACACUUGCAACACGAGUCACCGUUUCCACAUGCUUCAAAGAAGAAGCCAUAAAUUCACGCCAAAUGACAGCGACUGUAUAUGUCUGUAUUUAGUCAAUUGUGUAUCUAGAGAUAGUGAUUAAAUUGUGUAACAGUUGAAUGACUAAAAAUGAAUGUGGUCAGCACAAAUCCACGCACACACAUACAAACGUACACUGAUCCGAUUGCAGGUACGCAAUGUUCAAAUGUUAGGUUCAAACAUUCCUGCAGUAUUUAAGAACCUUUUUUUUUUUUUUUUACUUUUUAGAUUAGCUAGUUCAUAUCCAUAGAAUACAAUACAAUUAAUCUCUCAAUAAAUAUGUAAUGCCAAAUCCCAUAUACUUUAAUACAAGCACAGUGUGAUGGGUAUUUCAAUUCAGCUCAGUUAAAAGGUUGAGUUACUCAGUAACCAGGAUUAAUAUCAAAACGAUUUGUUAUUGAGAGAUAUUUAUGGGUGACACCAAUGUGGAUUAGAAUCUCAUUUAAAUAUUAACUAUCAUGCUUGAAUUUAACUGCAAGCUGCAUGCAUGUUUG